AUGUUUGGAGUCAUAGAUGAAAAGCUUGAGAUCUCCAAUGCAAUUCUGGAAGUCCCCAAUGCAAUUCUGGAAGUCUCCAAUGAAAAGAUUUGGGCCUCUGAUGGAAAUCUGGGGGUUUCCAGUGAGACGAUCUUGGGGUGUCUGAUAAGACGUCAAUGUUGUUGGUGCAGAGUUCUUCGGCUUAAAGAUAUCCUUCCCUUCAAUCACACGAACACAUAUGACAGUGAUGCUCCUCCUGUAUUCCGGCAUCAGCCUGCAGUUGUUUUCCUGCAUAUGACCCUGCUUAUGAUGGAUAGCUUUGAUGAGGCUGAGAUGACCUUCACAGCUGACAUGUUCCUGGCAAUGUCCUGGAGAGAUCACAGAUUAAGAAUCCCAGAGGACUGGACUGAAGAGUACAGGAUACUGGAUGUAGCCUGGAUAGAUCAGAUCUGGAGACCUGAUUGUAUUUUCAAAAAUGCAAAGGAGAUGCAGUUUCAGACUCAAACAGUUCCUAAUCACUAUCUUUGGCUCUAUAGAGACAAAUCCUUACUAUAUAUGGUAAAACUGACUGUAAAGUUAUCCUGUGGUAUGGAUUUCUCUCACUAUCCUCAUGAUACUCAGAUUUGUUAUAUAAUGAUUGAAUCCCUCUCCUAUACUACAAAUGAUCUUAUAUUUAAGUGGAACUUCACAGACCCUCUGUACAUAAGUCCUGAGAUAUCUCUACCGCAGCUUGAAGUUGAACAGGCGACUACAGAGGACUGUACAAUAGAUUACAGUACAGGAACAUUUACAUGUCUGGCUGCUGUGUUCCGUAUGAAACGAAACCCUGGGUUCUUGUUCUUCUCAACCUACAUUCCAUCUGUCCUGAUCGUAAUCAUGUCCUGGAUAUCAUUCUGGAUACCACCAGAGAGUACUCCAGCCAGAGUAACACUGGGAGUGACAGCUCUUCUAACUUUGACCACUCAAAAUACUCAAGCUCAGGCGUCUCUACCACCAGUCUCAUAUCAUAAGGCAAUAGAUAUCUGGAUAAUGACCUGCAUCGUAUUUGUUUUUCUCAGCCUGAUAGAAUUUGCAGUUGUUAAUUCAUUACUGGACGAACCUAAAACAAGAACAAAGUUAGAGAGAGCUCAACCAUGUUUAUAUUGGGAGCUGAACCCAACAAGAGAAGAGGUUCUGCUGGUUGAUAAAGCAUCAAGAGUUUUCUUCCCUGUCACAUAUUGUCUUUUUGUUGGAGUUUUCUGGAGCGUUUUUGAGGAGAGUACAUAUCAAGAGAGUCCUUUUUCUAGAUCCUAGAUCUUAGAUCCUAGAUCUUAGAUCUUAGAUCCUAG